AUGGAUAUUCGGGAGAUUAUUGAUCUUGUGAAUGGAUAUCAAUCAACGGGGGAAACCUCUGCAGACGAAUCACUUUUACAGGCAGUUCAGCGUCUAAAGUCUGCGCUAGUUGAUAUUCCGCAGUUAGGUAGCAACACGCAGGAGGCCCUGAAGGCUCUUGUGAGAGCUGCGGUGGUGUGGCCAAGCGAGUGGAACGAUAUAUUGCAACUCCUCCACGAUGCGCUUGCCGAUGCCGCCCUCUCGUGUGCUCACCGCACCCUCCUGUUGGAGUUGCUCCCGGGACUGUUGGAGGGAGAUUCGGAUGUUAAGGCACAUGGAGAAUCGGUCUGUGACGUGUUGCUACAAUGGCUAUUGGCAACAGUUAGAAAACAAGGAGAGUCAGCGGGUGACAGCAAGCAUCAGGAGGACUGGCGUGCUGCACUGAAGGCGUUACUCGUACUUCCCAAAGAAUGCUAUAGUAAAAUUGUGCAGUUCUGCGCAUCGCAGUUGCCACAGUCCUUGCCUCUGUGUAAAGCCAUCUUGACGAACUCCUCCGCCUCAGAUUUGUUAAAGCGUGCUUUUGAGGAGUGGCUUGUCCUUUCUGGCAACGCGUCACAGCACGCCGAUUGCGCGCGCGAUAUCGAGAGACUGCUACGGGAGAAUUUCUCGGGAUUUGGCUCAUUGUUGUGUGAGAAGGCCUGUAGUACUCUCCUCUCGAGUGGAUCGCUGAGUAGCAUGAGCAGCCUUCGGACUUUACAAGGCGCCCUGCAAGUUGUUCAUGCUUUCAGCAUGCUACACCGUGAGAUCGUCAGGACGCAUGUUCCUAAUUCAUUUGUUGUAUCCACGACCGUGGGACUGCUGGACAUCGUCGGUGCAGAAAAUAAGGACGAUAAACAGCAAGACGCUAAGGGGCCAUGGCCUUGCAUAAAGAUGACCCAAGAAGAGUCUACACUGGUUGUUUCCAUCCUUCGCUCUCUCGUGAAGUUGAGUGGUAUCGUAACCGCCGUUCCUGGAUGUGUGAGCAUUAGCGAGGUGCGAAAGCUUUGCGCACCGCUUCUGGCGAUUAGGAAUGAAGCCGCUGCACUUGAUUGCCAUUUACCCCUCGUGGAGUGUGUGUUCAACCUUACCCUCCGCAUCUUAUCUUGUGUGUGCGCGGGUGCAGAUGAGAUGCGGGAGCUGCUACAAGAGCUGGUGGAUGUUUCCAACGUGAUGUUACCUGUGCUGAGCGAUUCCCACAACCAGAUAGAAUCCUUUGGACCGUUUUGCGAAAAGAAGUCUCGACGGGACAAUCAUAGUGGGCCUGGGGGCAAGGAGAAAGAUUAUGAUUUCUGGAACAUGAGUGAUGAGCAGCAACAAACUAUGCUCAGUGCAUUGCGGGUGUUACGGGCAGUGUCCGCGAUGUGCCGCGUGUGUAGAGCCCAAAAUCGCAGUAAACCAGAAGACAAGUCCGAUGAGGAACACUGGAAAGCUGUGGCGAGUGACAUAGCCAGUGCGGCUCGCACCCUCGCUCCGUCGUGGAAGAUUGAGGUGGUUGAGCAGCCGCGCCCCACCGUAACCUCGAACCCACGCUUAACAGAAGGGACUACUGUGGGACGCAGUGCGCCUACAUCCAGGCAUGAGUCACGGAAUCCCUAUUCUCAGUCCCACUCCUCUCCUUCUAACCACCAAUAUUACUCCAGUAAUCAUUCGUCGUAUUCUCCGACCCCGCGUCAUCAUUCGCCCAGUCAUCAUCCUCAUCAUCACCCGCCUUCACAUACGCAUCAUGGAGUGCCGCGUUCUUCUCGCUACAGUGAUUACGAGGGGGCACCUCAUCGGUUGUCGAAGCGCCCUCGCCGAUAG